AUGCAGUCCACUACCAAAUUCCCGUCGCUGUUGAUUUCUCCAAAUGAGCUACACCACGCAUUGUCGAAUGAUACGCACGAUGCACGUGUUAUUCCUGUGGCUGCUGGAAGAGAAUCGGCACUUUCACUGUUUGAAUCUAAACAUAUACCAGGCUCUGUCUUCUUCGACAUGGAUUCAAUUAAAGAUAAGGAAUCCGAAUAUCUUAUGAUGCUGCCUACGUCCACUCAGUUCGCAGAGUAUAUGACCAAGCUCAAUAUUCGCCCCGAUGAUGUGCUCGUUAUCUACGAUGCUUUUGAAACUGGACUAUAUUCGUCGCCGAGAGUCGCAUGGAUGUGUCGCCAUUUCGGGCACCAGGAAGUUUACGUGUUAAAUAACUUCCCCCGUUAUGUCGAGCAGGGAUUUUCUUGCUCCACCGGAACACUAUCGACAUCAAUUUCUACACCUCGAGCGAAAUACCCCGAGCAGCGGGUGUUACACCCAGACAAUGUCAUUUAUUUCAAUGAAAUGCGUGAUUUAAUUGAUCUUUCGGGGGAAAGGGAAAACAUACAAAUCCUCGAUUCCCGGCCUAGUUCCCAAUUCUCUGGCACGGCUGCUAUCGAGGGUACUGUACUGCCAGUUGGACAUGUGCCGUUUGCUAUCAACGUGCCCUUGUCAUCCAUUUUGGGGCCCGACAAACGCAUACUGCCGCCGGUCGAGAUGAAGGCUGUUCUUUUCGAUGCUGGCGUGAAAGAUGGCAUGCCGGCUGUGUUAUAUUGCAACUCCGGUGUCACUGCAGCAGCACUUGACUUGGCCCUGUGCAUUAGCGGAUUGCGGGUUGAAACCAGGCUAUAUGAUGGAAGUUGGAGUGAGUGGGUGAAAAGAGCAGAUAAACAGGGCAUGACUGUGACAAAUUGA